AGUAUAGAAGCUGGCAAGACAUGCAUUAGGACAUUGAAGACAUUGUUUGGAGCAGAGUUUGAUAGGAAUGAUAGAGCAAAGGUUACAAAGCUGAGUAAUCAGUUCAAACAGUUAUCUUCAGAGUUUGAGAAGGAAGCCACGGAAGUACUAAAUCUGAUGAUGGCCAAUGCCAUUGGUACAAAGGGUCGUUCAGGCUCACUAUCACUCAAUGGCAAAGAUCGUGGUUCAUUCACUGAUCGUAUAAAGUACAAGGCUGCAUCCCCAUCAUCAUCAGAUAUAACACCAACAACAACACGUGUUGAGUACAGUCAUGGUAAUGGUCUAUCAGAUCAACCACAACAAUAUCGUAACUUGGAGGUCACAUUGAUUGAUGCCAAGCCUGCAGAGGAGAUGAUCAUUCAAGAGUAUAAUAAUGAGAUCAAGUCGUUGGUUGGAGAACUUGAAGCGAUAAGAGAUAUUACAAAUGACCUGCAUGCAUUGACCAUGGAACAAGGUGAACAACUCAAGACUGCCGUGGUCCAAACAGAGAGGGCCGAUAUGGAUGUGGCACAUGGUGCCGAGGAGCUCCAAAAGGCACAUGUAUAUAAGAGCAGCUACAGGAAGAAGGUUGUCAUCCUAGUAGUUGUCCUGGUCAUUCUGGUCGCUGUGAUCGUUGCCAUCGCAGUGCCAUUAGCCAAGAAGUAA